AUGGUGCUGCUUGAAUUUGGAUUCCCUUUGAAGAUGGUCAUCUGGAUAAUGGCUUGUGUUUCAACUGUCAGCUACUCACUAUUGAUUAAUGGUGGAUUGACCACAAGGUUUCAAGCAAAAAAAGGGCUAAGACAAGUAGAUCCAAUGUCACUUUACCUAUUUGUUCUGGCUAUGGAGUAUUUGAACAGAUCCUUGAAGAACCUGAAACAAAACCCUGACUUUAACUACCAUCUCAUAUGUUCAAAGUUGGACCUAGUACACAUUUAUUUUGUGGAUAAUUUGCUAAUAUGCUGCAGGGAAGAUAGAAUCUCCAUCCUGUUAAUGUUACAGACAUUCAAUCACUUCUCUGAAGUUUCUAGGCUUAAAGCCAAUAUGGAUAAAAGUUCACUCUAUGUAGCAGGGGUGUCCAGUGAAUUCAAACACCAGAUCAUUCAGGAGAUGGGCUUCUCUGCUGGGGAAAUGCCAUUUAGAUACUUGGGAGUACCAAUAUCUUCAAGGAAGCUCACAAUACACCAAUACUUACUGGGCUCAAAUCUUUCUAUUGCCAAAAAAGAUCAUCAAUAUGGUAACAAAUAUAUGCAGAACAUUCCUAUGGACAAUACAAAUAAAGUUUCCAGAAAAGCCUUAGUAGCUUGGGAAAAACUGUGCAUGCCUAGGUCUGCUGGAGGAUUAAAUAUUCUGGAUUUCUACAAAUGGAACAAAUCAGCAAUCUGUAAGCUAUUGUGGGUUAUUACUCAGAAAAAGGAUAAUCUAUGGGAAGAUAUUGGAAGCAAGGAGUUGGCUAGUGAAUCAUGGGGACCAUUAGGCACUGUUAAAAAGCUUUGA